AUGGCUAGGAUGAGCUUUGUUUUAGCAGCUUACCAGAUGGUGCUGAGCUUGCUCAUGACUUCAUUAACUGGGUCUUCCCUACAAAGUAGUGAGUGUCCACAACUUUGUGUAUGUGAAAUUAGGCCCUGGUUUACCCCUCAGUCAACAUACAGAGAAGCCACCACUGUUGACUGCAAUGAUCUCCGCUUAACAAGGAUUCCCAGCAACCUUUCCAGUGACACUCAAGUGCUUCUCUUACAGAGCAAUAACAUCGCCAAGACUGUGGAUGAGCUACAGCAGCUUUUCAACCUGACAGAGCUAGAUUUCUCCCAAAACAACUUUACAAAUAUUAAGGAAGUAGGGCUAGCAAACCUGACCCAGCUCACCACUCUACAUCUGGAGGAAAAUCAGAUUACGGAAAUGAAUGAUUAUUGUCUACAAGACCUCAGCAACCUUCAAGAACUCUACAUCAACCAUAACCAGAUUAGCACUAUUUCUGCCAAUGCUUUUUCAGGCUUAAAAAAUCUUUUAAGGCUCCACCUGAAUUCCAACAAAUUGAAAGUGAUCGAUAGCCGCUGGUUUGAUUCCACACCCAACCUGGAAAUUCUCAUGAUUGGGGAAAACCCCGUGAUUGGAAUUCUGGAUAUGAACUUCAAACCUCUCUCAAAUUUGAGAAGCUUAGUUUUGGCUGGAAUGUAUCUCACUGAUAUUCCUGGAAAUGCUUUGGUGGGCUUGGAUAGCCUCGAGAGUCUGUCAUUUUAUGAUAACAAACUGGUCAAAGUCCCUCAACUUGCCCUGCAAAAAGUUCCUAACUUGAAAUUCUUAGACCUCAACAAAAACCCCAUCCACAAAAUCCAGGAAGGGGACUUCAAAAAUAUGCUUCGGUUAAAAGAACUGGGGAUCAACAAUAUGGGGGAGCUCGUUUCUGUGGAUCGCUAUGCCCUGGAUAACUUGCCUGAACUCACAAAGUUAGAAGCCACCAAUAACCCCAAAUUAUCUUACAUCCACCGCUUGGCUUUUCGAAGUGUUCCUGCCCUAGAGAGCUUGAUGUUGAACAACAACGCUCUGAAUGCCGUUUAUCAAAAGACAGUAGAAUCCCUUCCUAAUCUGCGUGAGAUCAGUAUCCACAGCAAUCCCCUGAGGUGUGACUGUGUCAUCCACUGGAUUAACUCCAAUAAGACAAACAUCCGCUUCAUGGAGCCCUUGUCUAUGUUCUGUGCCAUGCCACCUGAAUACAGAGGGCAACAGGUAAAGGAAGUUUUAAUCCAGGAUUCCAAUGAGCAGUGCCUCCCAAUGAUAUCUCAUGACACAUUUCCAAAUCAUUUAAACAUGGAUAUCGGCACAACAGUUUUCCUAGACUGUCGGGCCAUGGCUGAGCCAGAACCUGAAAUAUACUGGGUCACUCCCCUGGGGAAUAAGAUAACUGUGGAAACCCUUUCAGAGAAAUAUAAGCUAAGUAGUGAAGGUACAUUGGAAAUAUCUAAAAUACAGAUUGAAGACUCAGGAAGAUACACUUGUGUUGCCCAGAAUGUGGAAGGGGCAGACACUCGAGUGGUGAUGAUUAAGGUUAAUGGAACCCUUCUGGAUGGUACCCAGGUGCUGAAAAUAUAUGUCAAGCAGACAGAAUCUCAUUCCAUUUUAGUGUCCUGGAAAGUCAAUUCCAAUGUCAUGACAUCAAACUUAAAAUGGUCAUCUGCCACCAUGAAGAUUGACAACCCCCACAUAACAUACACUGCCAGAGUCCCGGUAGAUGUUCACGAAUACAACCUAACACAUCUGCAGCCUUCCACAGAUUAUGAAGUGUGUCUCACAGUGUCCAAUAUUCAUCAGCAGACUCAAAAGUCAUGUGUUAAUGUCACAACCAAAAAUGCUGCCUUUGCACUGGACAUUUCUGAUCAAGAAACCAGUACAGCCCUUGCUGCAGUAAUGGGGUCCAUGUUUGCCGUCAUUAGCCUUGCGUCCAUUGCUGUGUAUGUUGCCAAAAGAUUUAAGAGGAAAAACUACCAUCAUUCAUUAAAAAAGUAUAUGCAAAAAACCUCUUCCAUCCCACUAAAUGAGCUGUACCCACCGCUCAUUAACCUCUGGGAAGGUGACAGCGAGAAAGACAAAGAUGGUACUGCAGACACCAAGCCAACCCAAGUUGACACAUCCAGAAGCUAUUACAUGUGGUAACUCAGUGGAUAUUUUGCUUCUGGUAGUAAGGAGCACAAAGACGUUUUUGCUUUAUUCUGCAAAAGUAACAAGUUGAAGACUUUUGUAUUUUUGACUUUGCUAGUUUGUGGCAGA